UUGCUCUUUGUGCUGCGUCGUCGUAGUCGUACAAUACAGAAUAUAAUAGGCUCAAGCAGCGAGUUCACGCAGCAGCAGCGAUCCAUAGCCUAUAAGUAUAUUCCGUAUCUACAUGUGUGAAGUCUCUUCGCGGAGUUCUCUCUCUCUUUGCCUCGUCUCUCGUGUCUCGACGCGCACAGCUUUGUAACAGACACAUAUAUAUAGGCUCAGCUGUCACGUAUACGAUACAGCACCAGUGUAUAACGUGCGCAAAUUGUGUGCUGCUGCUGCGCUGCUGCUGUUGUCUGAGUAUGCUUUAAACGUGUGAGUGCAACCAUAUAUAUAUAUAUAUAUAUAUACAUUUAAUAUAUAGAGAAAUUCGACGUAUAGUAACGCACAGUGCAGCUGCUUCUCGUGUGUGCAUACUUUAUAUACUAUAGAGAGCCUCGUGCGGAGUGGUGUUGGCGAUACUUUUAACAAAGACAGAGAGACGACGGCGGACGGACGGCGCAGUCGAGACGGGCACAGCGCUGAGUCCGCACGUCUUACUUAUAUAUAAUAUAUAUAUAUACCCAUUUAAGCUGUGCUGGCUGCAACUUACAAAACACAACCGAGACCAUUAUAUUCGUGCAGACUCGUCGUUGUCUUGGCGCGCGGUUUUGCAUAAAAAAAAAAAUAAAAACUUCAGCAGCAGCAGCUCCAGUAUCCGUCCGAUACGUUCGUUUCUCUGUGCCGUGCAGUGUGCUGCAGUGUCGCAGCCGAGAGAAAGAGAGACAGACAGUCGAAGAAAGAGACAGAUAUACAGAAGAACGAGACACGGUCGAUGUGUGUGCAGCAGUGUUGGUGCAGCAGCAGCAGCAGCAGCAGCAGCAGCAGCAAUAUAUAUACAUAAUAUAUUUGUUGCACGUAAACUCCACCACAAGCAUAUAGUUGUUGUAUAGCGUAGCCAGCUAUCUAGUAGCGCAUUUUAACACACCGUCAGCUGACGACUCGCAUACAUGAUUCCGUCCUUACAACGGCAGCAGCAACAAAACACUAAACUGCUCGAACACUGUCGUCGUCGUCGUCGCCGUCUAGAUUUUCUGCGACUUCUCUAGCUGAGGCAGCGAAGAGAAGAGAAAGAAGAAGCCCUUUUCUAUCUCUCGUGUUUCCCGUGUUGUGUACAACAUUGUAUCUCUGCAUGUGUGAUCGACCUCUUUCGUCAUCGUCGCCGUACGAGAAUCGUCGUCAGCAGCAGCAGCAGCAGCAGCCGCCGAGACGGCCACCAUCUUCAUAGCAGAUUUUUCAUUUCGCCUCUCUACGAGCGGAGGUUUAUCAUUUAGCCAAUCACCAUUUGCGACUUCAUCGUCAGAGUCAUGGGUAAUUGUCUGAGCUGCAUCGGGGCCGGAUCCCAGGACAACGCCAAUCUGCUCAGCAACAGUUCCGAUCCUGCGCUGGGCAUCGGUGCGUCCCAGGACAUACUCAGACAGCCGAGUAUGCCCUAUAGCGAAAUGGCCAGUAAUUAUUAUCCACCAUCUGCUGUUCGAGAUAGAUACUUACACCAACAAUCGACUGAAAUGAAUUCAAAUCAAGGUAUUGGAAUAGGAUUCGGCUUGGGUGGAAGCAAUGGACCAAUUAUCAAUGACGAGGAGCAACAAGUAAAAUUAGCUAAGCGCCUUGGACUGAUUCAACAUCUCCCAACGAGGAAAUUCGACGGGAACAAGAAGGCAGAAUGUGUUAUUUGCAUGAUGGAGUUGACAACUGGAGAAGAAGAGCGUUACUUGCCAUGCAUGCAUACUUACCAUGCUAGCUGCAUUGAUGAUUGGCUUCUCAGAUCGUUGACCUGUCCUACCUGCAUGGAACCUGUAGAUUCAGCGCUGAUAAACUCCUAUCAUCCAACCUCAUAAAACAUGCAAACAACAUUUAUCAAGUAACACAGAGUUUUUCAAAUUAUCAUUGUAAUAAUUGAGAAUCACUUUCAAAUUAACAAUUGUGGCAUGCUGCAUUUGUAGCUACCAACAUUUUAUGCCUACGAAAAAACACUGUGCAUAUGACAAACAACUCGCCGCCAUUGAAGACAUUAAAUUGAUUAGUAAUAUUGUGAAAAUUAAAAUUACUUGUGAUCAGUGCAUUGUUUACUAAAAAAAAUACAAUUUUAUUACAGUCAAAAGUUACUGUUUGACUGAAAAAUUUUGAUUUGGGUGUGUCUUAAUAAUUAAGAUUUUAAAUCAAGAGAUUUGGUUUUUGUUACUGUUAUAUUUAUAAUAGAAACUUUGCGAUAAAACUAUGGCAUAGGUUUUUAAAAACAAAAAUUUGAAAAAAAUGACUAAUACACUUUUACUGAAUUUUAAUUAAAAAAAGAAAAAGUCUGCACAAAAUAAGAAUUAAAAAAUGCAAAAAAUUAUGGGUUGUAGUUAAAUGUAAAAACAAAAUAAGUCUAUCGAAUGGAUACUUAUAAAAGUCGAAUGAUGUGAUGAAAAUUACCUAAAUUAAAAAAUUGUAAAUUUGUUAUAAUCAAUAUUUCCUAGAAAUAUAACUCAUAUCGAAAAACUUUUAUAAUUCAUACUUUUUUGGCUUUAACGCGUUGAUGAAAGUGUAAUUUUUCAUUGACGAUGUAGUGAACAAAUAUGAAUAAUGAUUUUAGUCCCUACUACUUUAACUAGCAUUAAACUUUGUUAUUUUUAAUUAAUUAAGUGUAUUAAUGGGUAAAUAAGCAGACAUGAAAAGUUUUAUUUGAGUUUUUAUCAUUUAUGUAAAAAAAUCUUGUUGAGAAGUAAAGAGUGAAAUGUUAUUUUAUUUGAAAUCACUAACUUGUAUAAAUAAUGCAGAAAUAAUUAUUUAUAGAAAGCAUGUAUGAAACGCAAUGGGAAAUAAUAUAAGGCCCAGAUCAUGCAUAGUCAGUUAGAAACUAAUGAUGUUAAUACUUAUAGGUGCAUAGCAAAGCUUCAUCUGUGACCAAUUGAAAAGUGUUUGAAAUCGUAACAUUGAAUGUUACUUUAAAUCAUACAAAUACAUUAGAACCUUUUACCUGAAAAAAAUUAUGAUGAUUUUAUCAUAUGAUAUUAUAAAUAGUUGAAACAUUUCGCAAUCGUUUGAUUUUUUUUUUUUUUGACGGAAAAAACAUGCACAUGCUUUAUAUAUCGAUUUAAUAAAUAAAAAAACGAGUGUGUCUAAGUGAGCGAAUGAGUGUAUAGAAACUAAGGUUUUUUCAAGAAUACAAUACUUCUUUUUAAUGAUGUAUGAGAAGAAUGGAGCUGUGACAUAGUAAAUAAUUUACUGAAACAUAUAUAAAUACGC